UGCCUUCCCUCACUACUCCCACAACAAUGGAAGCUGAGCUGGUUCAAGAAGAAACCAGAGAGGAGAAUGAGCAGAAAACGGCAGGAGAUGAGGCUGCAACAAAGCUAACAAUGGAGAAGGAGAAGGAUGGUAUGGAAGUGGAGCCCAAAACUGGUGUCCCAUUCCCUGUCAAGCUGCCUAAUGGCAUGCAGCUGCAAGCCACUGGGUUGAGGAGAAAGAAGAUUCUGGGAUUUGGAUUAAACAUCUAUGCCUUCGGAAUUUAUGGUGACAUUGCAGGGUUGAAGCAACUGCUAAGGCCCAAACAUGGGGAGGCGACAGAGAUGGCCACAAAGGAAAUGUAUGAAUCAGUGAUCAACAGUGAUGUUGGCAUGGUUGUGAGGCUGGUGAUAGUCUUUGGUGGCCUCACCAUGAGCCUUGUGAAGAAGAACUUUGAUGAAGGACUUGGAGCAUCACUAAAGAAGCUCACCAGCGAUCGAACCGAUGAGGAACUAAUAACUAUGGUUCUGGGAGCUGCGAAGGAUAGCAUGAAGUUGCCUGCUGGAACAGUCAUCGAAAUCACUAGGUUCCCUGAUUAUGUGCUGCAAACAAAAGUGACAGAUGAGUUGGUGAGCAAGGUGAAGAAUGAAUUGUUGUGCAGGGCAUUCUUUCACAUGUACUUAGGAGAUGAUGCAUUUGAUAAAGAGGCCAAGGAAAAAUUUGGAGCAUCCCUUCUCUCUCUCUUUUGAGACCAUAAUGUUAAAUUACUGGAUCUAUUAAUGGAGUUGGAGAUCAUUGAGGAUAAAUAAUUUUAAUGGGCAAAAUAUCUCUUAAUUUAUUUGCCUAUAUCUAACCGAGGUACCAGCAAUACUGGGCCCACCUGGAGGAGCAUUAUCAUAUUUUGCUCCAAUAUAUAUAUCUUGAGAUUGUUGUUGAUAAUAAUGAUCCACUCAAUUAUAAAUAAGAUAAUAUUUAAAAUUA